AAAAAAAAUAGUAGUAUGGUGAGAGCGUGUGGCGCAAAUGAAAUGCGCUCAUCAAGAGAAGAGAUGUAUUGAAUCUUGAGACUUUUGCAAUGUUCAACACUCCACUGAAGCUCUCUGUGUCUCGAUUUCGCACACCCCGAUUUGUUCUCCCUAAUUCAGGCUAUGUGAUUGGGCUAGCAAGAACUUCAGAGUUUAGUGCAUCCCUUGUUAAGACUGCAUCUCCUUUUUCCAGCAUUGCCCUUUCAGUUUCAUGUAGAGCAGUUAGAAAGAACCCUGAUCUAAGGGAUAUAAAAUCUGAUCCGCCGGAAGAGGCCAAUGCUACUCCAAACUUUCUUACAAAUGUUGAUUGCGAGGAUGACAAGGAGACACAGACGGAUAAGAGUGAUCAUGGAAACAAAGGGAGAAUUCCGUGGAAUAAAGGGCGAAAACACAGUGAAGAAACUCGAGAGAGAAUCAGUCGUAAUACAAAAGAAGCCUUGAAAGACCCCAAGAUUAGAAAGAAGAUGUCUGAAGCUCCUCGAGUUCUCAGUAAUCAGACGAAAGUAAAGAUACGUGCAUCUCUCACAAAGCUGUGGGGAAGGCGCCUAAGAUCGAAGAGGUCAAGAGAGAAGUUCUUGCAAUCGUGGCGUGAGAGUAUUGCAUUAGCUGCUAAGGAAGGAGGGGCCGAUCAGCAAGAACUGGAAUGGGAUGGUUAUGAAAAAUUUAAACAAGUAGCCGCCCUCGAGAAAGCAGAGGAAGCAAAGAGGAAAGAGCUGGCGCGUGUACGGAAAGAUAGAGCAGCAAAAGUGAAAGCAGCAUUAAAGACGGCAAGGUUGGCUCAAAAGAAAAGGGAGCGGGAAGAAAAAGCUGAGGUUAGACAAGAAGCUACUAGAAAGAGGAACAAAUGGUCAAAAGAAGAGAAAGAUAAAAUGGUUGAAUUUCAGGGGGAAAAACUGAAGGAGAGACUAAUGAAGAUUCAGAGAAAGAAAUCGAUUAUCUCUCGAGUAAGCAGCCAGCAUGAACGAAGAUGGGAGAAAUUCGACCUUGACCUUGCAGAGGGGAAGCACUUGCAGAAGGAUAUUUCACUUGCGGAUCAGAUUCGCAUUGCAAAGAAGAGAAGAGCAGAACUGCUGCUGCUUGACAAGCAAGACUUGGUUCAUCUAUUAUAAUUUUAAAUGUAUUUAUUUGAAUAGUAGGUACUUAACAACCUCCACAGUGAUAUACUAUUAAGCAUUAUUCGAUUAACCUUCGAUUUUA